UCUUCACCCUACCGACGUAGCAGGAAAAUGGCAGGCUCGGAGCUGAGGGCGGCGUUAGAGCAGAAGCUCGGCGCUCUCAACAUUCGCACGGAGGUCAUGGAGCAUCCCGAGGUGUUUACAGUUGAAGAAAUGAUACCGCAUAUUCAACAUUUGAAAGGAGCACAUAGUAAGAACUUAUUUCUUAAAGACAAAAAGAAGAAAAACUAUUGGUUAGUCACAGUUCUUCAUAACAGACAAAUCAAUUUAAAUGAUCUUGGCAAGCAGUUAGGAGUUGGGAGUGGAAAUCUUCGGUUUGCUGAUGAAACAGCCAUGGUAGAAAAACUAAAAGUUGGUCGAGGUUGUGCUACACCUUUGGCACUCUUCUGUGAUGAUGGAGAUGUUAAAUUUGUUUUGGAUUCAGCUUUUCUGGAAGGUGGACAUGAGAAAGUAUACUUUCAUCCAAUGACUAAUGCUGCAACCAUGGGAUUAAGUCCUGAAGACUUUCUUGUAUUUGUGAAGGCUACAGGACAUGAUCCCAUAAUUCUAAACUUUGACUAAAAACUGAUUGGGAGCCAGGUGUGGUGGCACACUGCCAUUAGCCAAGCACUUUAGGCAGAGCAGGCUGAUCACUUGAGUUCUAGGCCAGCCAAUGCCUAAUAAUCAGCUGUUGUGUCAAACAAAAGCCAAUUGGGCUAAUACUCUUAAUAAACUCAUUUUGACAACUGUUUUUA